AUACAAGUUUUGUUUUGGUACAUUGUGGUAGUCGGCACUGUAUACAUACACUGCUUUUCAACCAAAAAAAAAAAAGCAUUCGGGGUUUCUCCUCUUUAUUAUUGAGCGUGAGACUCGAUUCUUGUAGCAAUAUACAUUUCAGUUCAUUUUUCUUCUGUUUCAAAAACACCGCAAUUCGAUUGUACUUUCCAAUUUGUUUUUAAUGAAAUUUCGGAAAAUCACAACAUUUGCAAAAUUGCAAAGCCACUGCUUUUGAUUCAAAUCGUAUUGGUUUUAUGUUAGAUUUUUCCAUCGGUCGAUUGAUUGUGUGUGACAUUUCUGUCCAUAGUACCGCAGUGAAUUUUUUUUGUGUGGAAAUUUACGGUUUGUUGUUCAGCAAGAAUUUGCGAAGUAUUUCUUGUGUUCGGUUUUUUUUUGUGUGUGUGAUAAAUUGGUGAAAUUGAUUCCACGAAGAAGAUUUAUUUGGAUAAUUUUAUCAAUAUGACAUCAGACGGAGCACACAAUUUUGAUCAAAAUGAUUCGUCAAAGCCAAAAAAGAAGUUCUAUUGUGGUGUUAUCGAGGGAUUUUAUGGUCGACCAUGGACGACAGAACAACGGAAAGAUUUAUUUCGAAAGAUGAAACGAUGGGAUAUGGAUUCAUAUGUUUAUGCACCAAAAGAUGAUUAUAAGCACCGUGCUUAUUGGAGAGAAAUGUAUACGGUCGAAGAGGCCGAUCAUUUAACUAGUUUGAUAGCCGCUGCAAAAGAACACAAUAUAGUUUUCUAUUAUGCACUGUCGCCGGGUUUAGACAUGACAUACAGUAAUCCAAAAGAGGUGUCAGUACUCAAAAGAAAAUUGGACCAAGUGUCACAGUUUGGAUGCGAAGCAUUUGCUCUGCUAUUUGAUGAUAUCGAACCGGAAAUGAGCAAAGCGGAUAAAGAGGUUUUUCAGUCGUUUGGUCAAGCUCAAGUGUCGGUUACGAAUGAAGUGUACAAUCAUUUGAAUUGUUCACGAUUUUUAUUCUGUCCAACACAAUAUUGUAGCACAAGAGCCCAACCAUCGGUUAUGAAUUCCGAGUAUUUGAAUACAAUAGGCAGUAAAUUGGUGCAGGAAAUUGAUAUAUUGUGGACAGGACCAAAAGUGAUUUCGAAGGAUUUGACUAUGGAAUCAAUUCAAGAAGUGACUGAAGUGAUGCGACGCCCACCAGUUAUUUGGGAUAAUUUGCAUGCAAAUGACUAUGAUCAGAAACGUGUUUUUCUCGGUCCAUAUGCGGGACGUUCGCCCGAAUUAAUUCCAAUGCUGCGCGGUGUUCUCUCAAAUCCAAAUUGUGAAUUUCACGCCAAUCAAAUUGCAAUUCACACCCUUGCUCAUUGGUCCAAGUGCAGUUCAGACACGAGAGUCAACAACUCGAUAUCAGCGGAUAUCAAAUUGGAAACCGAAAACGAGGAGGGUAUUUGCAGUGAAGAUGCACCAACUUGUCUCUCAGACAAUGUGUACCAUCCGCGAGUCGCACUCAAAAAUGCAAUAAACGAAUGGCUUCCUGAAUUCUAUAUCAAUAAAGAAGCAUGGGGACCAAUCACCAAACCACAUCCAAUACAAACAAUGGUCAUGCCUGUGAUUCCGAUUUUACCGUCAAUUAAUACAUGCAUGAGCUUAACGACGACAACUAGCACCGUAACUAGUACAAGCGCCAUCAAAGUGCCUGAAGUGAAUACAACACAAUUACAAGCUUUGGCCGAUGUGUGCAGUACUGUAACAGGAGCUGAAUGUGUAUCGGUUCCAAAUGUAGUUAUGAAUUCAUUAGUAUCACCUACGAAAGUAAUAACCAACGAUGUGAUACCGAAUCCGAUUGCUGCAACGCACAAUCCGAUUGCAUUGCCGUCUGGCAUCUCGUUGCCAGUCACCAGCAUUGGAAUACCGAUCAUGAAUAUGAAGAGAGAGAAUGAUGUGCAUAAUGAAUCAAAUGACGCUGACGUCUUCGAAACCGAAGACGAAAAAUUGUCGGAUACAAAAAAAUCGGACGAAUCAAUGCCAGUUGAAGAUGAUACAAUCAUCGAAAUGGCGCAUAAAAUCGAAGAAAACAUCGGUGAAACUGAUGUUGAAGUAUCUGAAGUACCCAUCGAAAUUAUAUCCGAAAAUAUAAAAUCCGAUGAUUCACUCAUUAUUGAACAAACGCUUAAUAAAAGCGAUGACCUCAAUACAUCCAAUUGUGAUCAAUUGAGUGCGACUGAACCAAUGGAAUGUGCAAGUGUGAAUUCAAUGGCAUCACCAAAGCAUAUCAUGGCAAAUGAUGUUAUUAUGGCCGAAAGUAUUUCGACCUCGUCCACUGGAAGUAUGCAAGUUGAAAGCUCUGACACGUCACUCACCUCAAACACUGACAUGCAUGACAUUGUCGAAAAAUCUGAUGACAAAGACAUAGCGGUUGAGGACUUAUACUUGCUAUGCGAUCUAUUUUAUUUGCCAUUCGAACAUGGUUCACGCUCGCUACAAAUUAUCAAUGAAUUUUAUUGGCUUAAAACGAAUGCAAGUGUUUUAGUUAGUUCGUACAAGAAGGGUCAGGAUAUUUCGAGUGCAAAACCAGAGGUCCAAGAGUGGUUUCAACGCGCCGAUAAAUUCUAUAAUUUGUGUCAAUCGGUGAUGGGCUUGGCAAAGAAGAUUGCUGCAUGCAACAAUAAAGAGCUAUGCUAUGACUUGUACUCUUAUGUCUGGGAUAUAGCCGGUGUCAUCAGUUUGCUGUGUGCAUUCAUCAAAUGGCUUUCUUUGGGAUUUUUUCCGGUCAACAUCAACUCAUAUACACAAGGAAAUUAUACAUGGUUCAGUAAAGGUUGGCGCGAAACAUUUUCAUCGGGCGAACAAGAGCCGUGGGUAUUUCGUGGUGGUUUAACAGCCGAUUUGCAACGACUUAUACCCAUUGAUUCGGGUAACGAUUUAUUUAUUUACAAACUACCUGAUACGCCAACCACAAAUUUCUACUCCAUUCGACCAUAUUUGCACAUGGACGAAGCUCAAAUAUACGAUAUUUGUCAUAAAACAUGCCGCGAUGGAUCGGAUUGCAGUGAACUAUUUCCCGAUACAUUACAAACAAUACCGGCCGAUCGUUUGGUCGGACCAUUUGUGACAAUAAAUCCGGAAUUGUGUUUGGUACUUCAGAAUGGUGAUAAUCAUUUGUCGGGCUAUGCAUGUGCCGCACUGAAUGCGAAACAAUUUUAUCAAAAUCAAGAAAUGUGCUGGUUUCCGGAGAUGUGCAUAAAAUAUCCAUUGUCACUGUUAGAUAUACCGGAUUUAACGCCAGCCGCCAAGGAUUCAAUAAAUCAUUUUCAUAAUUUUAAAUAUGAUUAUCCACAAGAAGUGCUCAAUUCACAUCCAUCCAUUAUGGCAUGCUCUGUAUUAAAAGAUCAAUGUAAUGCUGACUCAUCACUGCCAAAACGUUUGGUAACCGUUCUAUUAGCUGCGCUACGGUCAAACGGUUCAUUUGGUGUACACGUGUGCAUCAAUACAACGGAUCAUUUUAUGCAUCAAUUCUAUUCGAAACUUGGAUUCACCGAAAUUUUUGAAGAUGCCACAAACGGCCGUGUUUAUUUGGGUCGAAAUUUUUGAUAAAAUUAUUCAAUAAUUAAAAUAUUUGGCUUUAAAGGUGAAUCUUUAAUUCACGAAAUGAAGUGAAAAAAAAUCGAUGUAUCUAAAUUUCAUUCAUUUUGAAUCUAAAUAAUGCGGAAUAAAAAAAUCUUAUUUAUUUCCGUUCGUAA